GACGAGCUGAGUGCGCAUGCGCAAACACGGCACCUUUGAGAAUACUAAGGUGCCGUGUGCUGCGAUGAGACUGGAGCGCGCGCGCGCACACACACACACACACACACACACAGACACACACGCACACACACGCACCGCCACACCUUUCUGAUGAGCAGAGCAGCGCGAUGUGUACAUCUGAACACACACCGCCUGAAGAGCAGGAAGAGCUGAUGGGAGAGUUGAAGCCCUCUCGGCCCGCGCGCCUCUACGGCUCUGCAGGCUGUGAAACGUGGAGCGCGUGCUUCUCCCCGGAUGGCUCGCGCUUCGCCUGGUCCCUGGGCCACGGCACCGUCAGGGUGCUGCCCUGGCCACUGCCCUGCGACCAUCAUGCAGAGGAUUCUGCUAACAGUGAAGAGAAGGUGCUGCAGUGUAACCACACCGUAUGGGGCAUGGCAUUUGGACCUCAAAUGGCCAAUCGAGCGAGAGCUGCAGUGCGCUGUGGGGCUGCAGAAGGAUUGCUCUUAGCAACAGGCCUCAAUAAUGGAGUGAUCAAGGUGUGGCUGAUCUCCACUGGACAGAUAUGGCUAAAUCUAACUGGACACCAGUCCGUGGUGAGAGAUUUGGCGUUCGCUCCAAAUGGAAGUCUCACUCUUGUGUCUGCCUCCAGGGACAAAACUCUGCGAGUCUGGGAUCUGGCCAAGAAAGGAACACCAUCCCAUGUGCUGACGGGGUCAAAAAACUGGGUGUUCAAAUGUUCCAUUUCUCCUGACAGCAGCAUGAUUGCCUCAGUCUGUAAUCUCGAUUCAAAAGCUUAUCUAUGGAGCAUACGAUCCUACACCUUCAUCCGCAACCUGAAAUACGAUCACGAGCGGACCAUGAUAUCAUGCGAUUUCUCUAUGGAUGGAGCACUACUUGCGAUUGGUUCUUUUCAUGCUGCGACAGGCUGGUGGCUGGACUUAUGGGACCCCUACACUGCUGAACAGCUGACUAGAGUGGAGGACUGUGAUAUAUGUGUAUACAGAACUGACAAUCUACUGGCAGCAUUGAGUUUCUCUCCUGUAUCCCUUCAACUGGCUUUCAAAGACUACAGGGCGUUACAGAUUUGGGACGUGGAACAAGAUAAACUGGUCUUGGAGGCGGAUCACAACCGAGUCAGCGGACUGUGCUGUGCUUUCCACCCACAAGGCAGCGCUAUUGCUACGGGGUGUCGAGAUGGACGCGUGAAGUUUUGGAGGGUCCCUUGUCUAGUUCCAAGUCUGCAGCACCUAUGUCGGACUGUUCUGAGAUACUCUGUGUCUACUUUCCAAGUGAAGGCCUUGCCUCUCCCAAAGAAAACUCUGGAAUUCCUCACCUACAGGAACAUUUCUAAGAAAAAGAUCCUGCGCUGCAGUGAACACUACAGCUGAGGAACACUGAAGCCCGUCCACUGCGACCACACGGAUACUUUAGCAGCUUGCUUUCAUUUUACAGCUUGAAUAAGACAGAAAAAGGAAGAAAAAGAAUCAACCUCCAGGACUCUGUAGAUAUGGAAAAGACAUAAGUUAUGAAGCACAAGAAAUAUUUAUUUAUGGACAAAUUUUACAUAAUAUCCUGCUGCUAUAGAACUGCGAGAUGUUGAAUACUUUUCUUUAAUGAAAACUUGAUCACUUGAACAUUGGAUUCUUUUUCGGAAUUCCAAACUGCUGUAAUCCGUCCUCAACUCGUCAGAAGACCAAACUCACUAAUGACCUCUAGU